CUUGAGAGGAUAGGCUUAGUAAAACUACAGGUUGGAAACACUGCUGCAGCCAUAUUGAACAGACAUUUUGUAAAAAAAAAAAACUAAAAAAAACGAUUUAUUUGAUUUUAUUUGAUUACCAUAUUCUAAUGACUAUUUAGUCUACUGAGUAUUUUUACAACUAACUUUGAAACUUAUUUUCGGACAAAUCAAUGGAUUAAUCAGUAGGCUAAUAAAUUGUAAUGGUCUCAUUUGGUAAACGUUUAAUUAGUGGUUGUAGAUUAGAAUAUCUCUUUGAUAGUUUAGAGAUUGUGACAGUGGCAACACAGUUUUGAAGAUGAAGGACCGACUGGAACAGUUGAAGGCGAAAAGUGAUGUGGCUGGGGACGAUGUGGAGGUUCCAGUGGAGAACCAAGCCUUUAUGGAUGAGUUCUUCGCCCAGAUUGAGGAGAUUCGCAGCAGCAUCGAUAAGAUAGAUGAGAGUGUGGCGCAAGCAAAGAAGCUGUACUCGACCAUCCUCUCCGCCCCUACAUCAGAGCAGAAGACGCAAGAUGACUUGGAGGCGGUCACCAACGACAUCAAGAAAGCAGCCGGCACCGCUCGCAACAAACUAAAGAGUAUCGAGAAGCAACUUGAGACAAACACAGAGGAACGGUCGUCAGCAGACAUGAGGAUCCGGAAGUCCCAACAUGCCAUCCUGGCCAAGAAGUUUGUGGAGGUGAUGACCAAGUACAACGAGGCUCAGACGGACUUUAGAGACAAGAGCAAAGGCCGCAUCGCCCGGCAGCUGGAGAUCACGGGAAAAACAACAACCGACGAGGAGCUGGAGGAGAUGUUGGAAGGAGGGAACGCAGCCGUCUUCACCGCAGGGAUCAUGGAGUCGGGUAUAUCAAAGCAGGCGUUGAAUGAGAUUGAGGCGCGGCACAAAGACAUUGUGAGGCUGGAGAGCAGCAUCAAAGAGCUUCAUGACAUGUUCGUGGACAUUGCUAUGCUGGUGGAGAACCAGGGCGGUAUGAUUGACAAGAUUGAGAGCAACAUGGACCAAUCGGUGGGUUUCGUAGAGCGGGCGGUUGCCGACACCAAAAAAGCAGCCAAAUUUCAGCAGGAGGCCCGUAGGGUGAAGUUGAAGAGGAGUGUCCCAGAUUACCCCCAGUCUAACCUGGGUGGAUGGAUCAACAGUGGACACUGUCUGUCAAGAGAUACAUUCAGCGCUACUCAGAGGAGAUACACCUCAGUCCGGCUAAAGGCCUUCCACCCUACAUUGUCUUUCGUCUUCUCUCUCUCUCUUUCCUUCCAUCAUUUUCUCUCUCUCUCUCACACACACACACACACACUCUCUCCCUCUUUUCCCUCUCUCUCUCGUUCUUUUUUUAAGGCAUGCUUCCCCCCACAGAUCCUUUUCCCACUUCAAGGAUUUGUGUCAAUUAGCUUUGGUAGUGUGCUUCCUUAAUAACCUAGGCGGAGACAGGUGAACGUUAACACUGUGUAAUCAUGUCAAGUAACCUAAAGAUAUUGGUAAACAAAGUAAUAUGAAGAUAAAACGAUGAUUAAAAAAACGAUACAAUUUCUCACUGCCCUACUGACAGCUAGUAAUCAAAAGGACCCCAAAAGGGCACAGUUUUAUGUUGUGAUUGUAUUAUUGUGUGUUGAAGUUAUUGCAUAAUAUUUCACCCACGCAUUUCAUUUUUAUCCUACAUGUGUAUCGAUGCAUGUACCACCAGGGGGCAUGCCUGUGUCAAACUGUCACAUGCACUCUCUCUAGGAAUGAUGUGUAUAAACCCUGGUUGACUGUCAGGGGGCGCUGUAUUGAAGCCACCGUGCAGCCAUCUUGGUAAUCCUCCUCAAGCGUUAAAAAUAUUUUGGAAGCAAUAGAAAUGGAUUUGUUAAUGUCUACAUUCGUUUUUGACACAUUUUCUUUUUUUAAUUAAAUACACUUUAAUGCAUACUUUUAAAUGAUAUUAUGUGAGCUAAACAUUUUUUUUAUAUAUGGGGAGAGUACUUAUGUUACUGUCACCACUACAUAAAAACAACAACUUAAAUACAUGUAAUUUUGUCCUUGAAAUACCGUAGAAUUCCAUUCAUUCCUAUGGAGAACUGCGCCUUCAAGGGAAUGCCAAUAUGGCCGACCGGUGGCUUCAAAGCAUUUCAUUGGCCAAUACAUAGCAUCAACAGUCCAGGGUUUAUUUAUGUAAGUCAUUUCUCUAUCCUAUCUAAUAAUAGAUAAGAUAGUAUUUUUGUUGUGAUGUGAGCAAGAAAGCAGUAUCAAGUGAAUAGCCAAUAUAUGUGUUUGUGUCUUCAGUCGCAUACGUUUGUAGUGAUUUUGUAGGCAUUUAUAUGGAAAAUGUUAUCUGAUCAAAAUGUAAGGUCAGAUUUCAGUUUUUGUAGCCUUUCCCGUCUGUUGACAAAGAAUAAAAUAAAAAAAGAUUC